ACAUGAACACACAAGAUGAGACCCAUAGUUGGGGCCAUUGUUUGGAUUCAUUCGCACUGCCUCGAGAUCAUUGACAAGAGACAAUGGCGAAUUCGGAGUCAAAUGAAGAUAUUGGCUGCCAUCACAUUUCGCCCAACAUCAACGCAUCAGCGCUCAUCGCGUAUGCAGUGCAACAAGGUGUCUGCAUUAAUGUAGGCCGUGUCGCACCAAAGCCACGGCCCUGGCAUCCGUGGCGUUUAUAUAGCGGUCCCCACAAGCCAGGUCUCAAGCGCUCAAGACCCUAGUCGCGUCCCCCUUUCUCUUCAUCAUGAAAGCCUCGUUGGUGUCGAAUGCCCUCUCUCUCGCUGGGUUGGCCUCAGCUCUCAGUCUACCUCAGACCGUGGAGAGACGCGUAACUUCAUUUUCCUCGGCCUCAGGAAUCUCCUUUACCUAUAGUUCAGCAUCCAGUUCGUCGUCAUUUGAUUCUACCCAGCCAACUAUUGCGAAUGUGGGAAACGUCUUGUAUCGUACCAACAUCACUCUCGGAGGGCGAGAUAUUACCGUCCAGAUUGAUACGGGCUCUACCGACCUUUGGGUCUAUCCGCAAGAGAAGUUAGAGAGCGUCACGUCAUCUAAAGCUCAGCCACAAAAUUUGACCUACGGAGCCGGAUCAGCUGUAGGUCCCAUCAUGUUUGGUCAAUUCUCCAUUGGAGAGUUUGCUGUGGACUCGCAAGCGUUCGUCAAUGCAACGAAGUUCACCGAAUUUGGGGACAUCCUAUUCCCCCGAGGGGUCUUCGGUAUCCUUGGUCUCGGAUUGAACACUGACGACGGCGCUUCCAAAAUCCUUUCCGCUGUCAACGAUGCCUACGAUGACUCCAUUCUAGGCGAAAGUCCUCUCGGCAACAUCUUUCACCAGAAUAAGUCGCUACCAAACUUCAUCACCAUCAUGCUCGGACGUUCCGGCGAUCUCGACGAUACUACCGAUGGAAUGUUCACCAUUUCUGAGUACAUUGAUGGGUAUGAGACCAUCGAACAAACGCCGAAGCUGGCAAGAUAUGAUGGCGGAGGAUCGUCGAGGUGGUCCAUACUGUUAGAUAGCAUUACGGUUAAUGGGGAGAAGGUAGCGUUGAACUCGAGCACCGACGGAGUUCCGAAGGGCAAAUCGAUCACAGUGCUCGACACAGGCGCCACACAAGCCCAAGUUCCAAGGUUCAUCGUGAAUGCUAUUUACAGCAGCUUCCCGGACGCCGUUUUCAGUGAGGAAAGUGACCUGUGGGCUGUGCCCUGCAAUGCGUCUGCCGACGUGCGCUUUACCUUUGGCGGCCAGGAGAUUCCUAUCCACCCCUUGGACCUGACCGAUACUUCAACUAUCACAACCGCAGACGGCGAUAAUGUCACCAUUUGCACCUCGUCGUAUGCCCCUCUCAAUCUAGGAGCAGGCUUCGAAGGCUUCGACAUGCUCCUCGGCGACGCCUUCCUCCGCAACGCGUACGCAUUGUUCGACUAUGGUGACUUCGUAGACCCCUCCAAAAACGAGACCAAGGACGCCUUCAUCCAACUGCUCGCCCUCGAGGACGCCGACGACGCUCUCAGUGACUUCACGCAGAGUCGCCAAAACGCUCUUUCGCAGCUCCCACCUGAAGCGACGCUCGCGCAGGUCCGGCAGCUCGCAGGAUCGUCAUCAUCAUCAUCCGAUUCGUCGUCGUCUACCGACUCAGACUCGACGAAGAACACCCUCGCCACCGAUGAUUCGUCCUCCGGCUCGGACUCUUCCUCUGGAUAUGGUGCCCUGCUCAACCGUGUAGACUCUUUUGGCCCAGCCAUCGUCGGCCUCCUAGCCGCGAACCUACUCGUCGGUAUCGUCCUUUGCGCUCUCGGCGUUAUGAUGUGUAUCAGGAAAGGAGCGUCAUCGGGUACAAAGAUGAGGGGGGCGCCGACGUAUGCGCCCGUGAGGUUCAAGGACGAGGGUCGUAAAGCGGAAGACGAGCCGUAUACCUCGACGUACAACGAUUGAGGACGGUCAGUAUGUCAACUCAAAAGGAAGACUUUGAACGGACAUGUCUAUUUUUUUUUGGGUAUAGCCUUGUAUUGUCUAACUUAUUCAGAUCAUCGUACUUACACUCGUUACGAUUACUCAUCAUUGCUUCGGUCGCAUCCUAGGACUUUUCAAUCUCACAUUCUACUACGCCGCAUCUUCAUGAGCAAUAUUUAUUAUAUACAAUAUACGAUCAGGGUGCUUCAAUUGAUACAUUUUGG